AUGGCUACCACAGUGGCCGGAGAUGGGUGGAGUUUGCCUCCAACCAAAAUCACAAUGGAUGGCGGAAUUCUGGCCGCCCCCUCAGGCAGUGAGACCACCGUUGCACCAAUGAGGGGCACAGACUCAUGUCCCCUCACCAAGAAGGGCCGAGGUGACCCCUGCUUCAGCUUUCAUGUCAUGGACAUUUUAGAAGGGCCCCUUCCCCGUCUCUUCCAUGUUAUUCUUCCUCUGCAGCCCACGCCCUCCCGAAUGUCCUUUCUGCUGCAUGGGGAAGGGAAGCCCAUGACUGGCUCCGCCUGGUCGCUCAGGCAGGCCGGCGCCGGGGAUCAGGCGGCGGAGGCUGAGGCAGAGCCGAGUCCCGCGGAGGGACCGCCGCCGCCCCGCUCGCUGUCCCCUCUGGGGCCGAUGCCCCUGCAGCGGGAGCCGCUGUACAACUGGCAGGCGACCAAGGCGUCGCUGAAGGAGCGCUUAGCCUUCCUCUUCAACUCGGAGCUGCUGAGCCAUGUGCGCUUCGUGCUGGGCAAGGGCGGCGGCGGGGCGGCCGCCGGUGGCCCGCAGCGCAUCCCCGCCCACCGCUUCGUGCUGGCGGCGGGCAGCGCCGUCUUCGACGCCAUGUUCAACGGCGGCAUGGCCACCACGUGGGCGGAGAUCGAACUGCCGGACGUGGAGUCCGCCGCCUUCCUGGCGCUGCUGAGGUUUCUGUAUUCUGAUGAAGUUCAGAUUGGUCCAGAAACAGUGAUGACCACCCUGUACACUGCCAAGAAGUACGCGGUGCCGGCCUUGGAAACGCACUGUGUGGACUUCCUCACCAAGCACCUGCGGGCAGACAACGCCUUCAUGCUGCUGACGCAGGCUCGAUUAUUUGAUGAACCUCAGCUCGCUAGUCUCUGCCUAGACACAAUAGACAAAAGCACAAUGGAUGCCGUAAGUGCAGAGGGCUUUACUGACAUUGACAUUGACACACUGUGUGCAGUUCUAGAAAGAGACACACUUAGCAUUCGAGAAAGUCGACUUUUUGGAGCUGUUGUGCGCUGGGCAGAAGCAGAGUGUCAGAGGCAACAACUGCCUGUGACUUUUGCAAAUAAGCAGAAGGUUCUAGGAAAAGCACUUUCUUUAAUCCGGUUUCCACUGAUGACAGUUGAGGAGUUUGCAGCAGGCCCUGCGCAGUCUGGGAUUCUGUCAGAUCGUGAAGUGGUGAACCUCUUUCUGCACUUCACUGUCAACCCCAAACCCCGCGUGGCCCUCCGGGGCAAGGAGUGCUGCAUCAACCGCUUCCAGCAAGUCGAGAGCCGCUGGGGCUACAGUGGGACCAGCGACCGCAUCAGAGGAGAAGACGAGGAAAGCAGUGAGUGGCCUUCAGCCGGAGAGCAGGAUGGCAGGCAGGAAGCAGAGGAGCAGGUGCCAUACCUCCCGAGUAAUCAGAAAUGGAGACGGAGUCUGAUGUGA